UCGGCGGUACGUUCGAAAUUGGUGACAUUUUUGCACGUGUUUGCUCUGAAAUUUAUUUACUGCUUAUUGUCAUAUAAUUCUUGAAAUUAUGGUCCAAAUCUCUAAAAAACGUGUUCGUAGAAACACAAUUGUUUUAGAUAGUGGCUUAAAUUCGGUUAUAACUGCAUUACCGCCUCGUAAUACAGUAUCAACUACUAGCUCUCAAAAUGGUUUGAGUGCAGAUCUCACUCCUGUGAUACAGGUGAAAGAUGUUCUGUUAGAGAACUCUGAGUUCUGUAAACUAAACCUCCUUUUGAAAGAUAUGCAGAGGCAAGUAAGUGAAAUUCAGAAAAAAUUAGAUCAGUUUGAUAGUAUGUCACUGCCAAUCUCAAAUACCACGGAGAGCCGUUCUGAUAUUGGCCAGGUUAAGUCUUUACUGGAUGUAACUCAAAAUAAGCUUUUGAAUUUAGACCCAAUAGCCUGUCUUUUAGAAAGGCAUCCUAAAAUAUCUCCAGACAACCUAAAUAAAGCUGAAAAUCUGAUUGACUGCUUGGCUACGGAGGUGAUGAAGCGUAUAACCUCUUCUCACCAAGCUAUAGUUUACAACGUCCCAGACUCUCUGCCCCUGAAAACUGUAAGACACAAAAUCCUGAUUUGUUGCGGCAUGGCUAGUGUUCCAUGUGAAUGCAAACGACUUCGUAAAAAGUCUAACCAGGCUAAUUGCCCAAUCAUUUUUAAAUUCAGUAAUUCCCUUGAUGCUAGUAAGUUUACUAAAUGUCAGGAUCACUUAAGACUGAAUAGCAGUUAUAAGUCUAUAACCGUAGCUCAGGAUAAAACACCGUGUCAGCGCAGAAUAAUGCGUAGUAAUAACCUGGUCACCUCCUCUAGCUCUAGCUUUGAUUUACCAAAUAAGGAUCGUGCACAGCAACAGACACCUAGUGCUGAAACUAGCAUUCAGCAAACUACACAACAACCACACCUGCCAAUGGAACUAGGAACUGAUUUAGAUACCAGUACCCCUGUAAACAAAGCCUCAUCGAAAGAUGUUAAAAUGACUAGAACUUCUGCAAGUUGUUCUAAGAAAUUUCCCCCCAAACGUAGUAACCUCACCACGAUGAACAAAUUUCGCAGGGUUGAGACUAAUGAUGGGGAAGAAUACUUUGUAUUCAAUAAGCCUGCUGAGAGUAAGAAUGCCAACAAACCAUCACUUGUUACGAAAAACUCCUCUCGAAACAUAAGUACAUCUGGAGGUGUUCCGCAUGCUCCACCUUAUAGAAAGUCAGGCUCCAAGACUCCUAAAGUCUUGCAGCCAAAGCACCUUCCUUCACAAUUCCCUUUAAGUUAUAAAAACAACCCGAAGGUGUAUACCGGUAUGACGAAUAGCAGUUGGAUGGGUAGACCUUCUGAUGCUAUGCCUUUUAACCGUCAACCUAGGCCCAACCUGUACUACCCUUAUAUCCAGGAACACAUGGUAAAUUUUCCAGGUGUCCUGAAUCACUGGUACGACCCAUGGCACCUAGGACCACCUCAUUGCACACCAACUCCGAUGUGCAGACACCCAGUCCGACCUCCUUUUCAUUCAUAAAUUCUUGCGGUGCUGACGCACAAAUAGAUUUAGGUUAUGGUGACAUUUUAAGCCAGUUUGUAGUAUCCCGUGACUUAUUCACGAUAUUGCUAAUUAAUGCACGUUCCUUAAUCAAUAAGAUAUCUGAACUAAGGACAUUAUUAUUAGUCGCCAAGCCUACUGUAGCUCUGAUUACUGAGUCAUGGUGCUCAUCCUCUGUACUUGAUGUGCAUAUAGGUAUCGAUGAUUACACUGUACACCGUGCAAACAGAGAUUGCAAGCGUGGUGGAGGAUGUCUCAUAUAUAUACAUAACUCAUUUGUAGUCAGUAAGGUGGAAGAUGAAACAAUGAAUAAUGUACCUGACUCACUCUGGGUUGUCUUACAUGGAGAUAAGUACAAACUUCUCAUAGGCUGUGUUUAUCGAGCACCAAGCUCAACAAAAGAAACUGAUGCGUUAUUAGCUAAAUCGUUUGCACACGCAUCCUCGUUUAGUGCUAAUUACAAAAUAAUUGCAGGGGACUUCAAUCUUCCAGAAGUCAAUUGGCUAACUAGUUCCGGCCCCCAACGCUUCGACGAAUUACUUGCCACUAUAGACUGUUAUGGAUGGCAACAACACGUCCAGACACCUACUCGUGGUGACAACAUUUGGACCUUGUUUUUUGUCAUGACACAAUCCCAGUAUCCACUAUGUUGGUAAUAGAUUUUCCAGUAGUGACCAUAGAAUGGUACUCUGCUCUCUGCCUUUCUCACCACUAAAUACAGGAAACAAACAAGACUCAGGAAGCACAAUAUGUCGUAGUUACAAAUAUACAGACUGGGGAUUAGUCCAAGAACUUAUUCGACUCUGUCAAUGGGAUGACUAUUUUACCACUGACUCCCUGGAGGCCUUAGUAACCCUGUUUUACAGGAAUGUUACCCUUUGUCUAGAUACAGUUGCCCCAAAAAAAAUAGUGAAAUUAAGUAGACACCGAACUGAAUAUAUUCCAAGGGCACACCGUAAUAAGUUAAGGAAACUGAAGAAACAGUACUAUUCCACUAAGGACAUAUCACUAUUGCUCUCAAUCCACGAGUCUCUUGAAUCUAUCAAGCGCCUACGCUCUCAAAAGGACCUCGACGAAGAGUUAACGGCACUUGAAAGUACCUCCAAAGUUUAUAACUUAACGGCACUUCUUAAAAAACGAAUGCAGUCGGCGAGGGAAAUCCCAUACUUACUUCACGACAAAGUAAUCUACAAUGAACCUGCCACUAUCUGUGAACUUUCAGUGAUUGGUUUGCAAACUUUAGUUUAGAAACACAUAUGCCUGGUGAAACCGCUCCCCUUACUAUCUCUUCCCUUGAAAGCAUUGUGUUCACUAAUCAGUUAAUAGUACAAGCAAUUAAAAGC